UCUUCUACACAGUUCGGAAUCUACCCGAAAAAAACUAUGGAAACCACUCUGCCUCGACGAACGUUGCGCAAAGGAACACAUAGUUGUCUUGAGUGCAAACGGCGUAAAAUUCGCUGUUUCUUCGACCAAAACUCUACCACGAGUUGUGUUAGUUGUCUGAACCGCGGUACACCAUGUUUCAGCCAGGAUUCGCUGGAGGCUUCUGUGCCCCGAGAUUGGGAGAACAGCGAGAGGCUGAAAAGAAUGGAACAGAUGCUUCAAGACCUUACCGAGAAAUUCUUGGUGCAAGAUUUUAACCUUGAUGCUUUGGAAACUGGCGACGUCAGCAGGGAUUUGACAGCUUCGGUUGAGGGGGCGGAAAGUCGAAUUGAUGAACGAUCGCGUCCGAUAUAUAGCUCAAACUCCUCCAGGCAGGAAAAAUAUGCAGAAUCAUGCCAAUUAAUUCAUGCUGCAUUCCCCUCACAGGAAGUUGUUGAUCGGAUUUUUGGUGAUGCGAGAGCAUCAAUCUACCUACAAGCCCUCUGCAACCCUUACCAGCAGCUAUUCACCGACAAAAACAAGCAAUCUUCUAAUGAUCUGGCAAGAAUCCCUCCGCAAACGGCGCAUCCAAUCUUGCUCGCGCGAAAAUUGCUUCAACUUGCUCUUUGCAUGCAACAACUGGAUCCCUCGUUUGAUCGCAAUCAACUCCACGGCAUCACAGACGUACGCUCGUCCAUGAACGCUUUCUACGAACUUGCUUCGAGAAUUACAUGCCAUGAUGAGUUGCUCAAUUCUAUGGAAGGGCUCGAAUGUCUUAUGUGCGAAGCUGUCUUCUUGAUCAACGGCGGCAACCUCCGACAGGCACUCGCAACUUUGCGCCGUGCUACAACAGUUUCUCAAAUGAUGCAACUGCAUAGAAAACCACACACUAUACCUCUCGCUCAGCUAGACCCGAAUACUUGUGUCUCGGGUGAGUUCACCUGGGUACACUUUGGCUAUCUAGAACGCUACAUCUCAUUACUCAUUGGUAUGCCGAGUAGUAUUGCCAGCACUCGGUUCGAUACCGGGAAGAAGAGAGAUGCAGAGAGAGACGAGGAGUGGUUCGAGAGAUCGCAAAUCGAUUUAUGUAAUCAAAUAAUCAGCAGGAAUCAAAAUCGCGACUAUGACAUUUCGAACACCAUGGACAUCGACAAAAAUCUCAACGCCGUUGUCGCACAAACGGCGACGGCCUGGUGGUCACCACUAGACUUUACACCAGGUAUGGCGCACCAGGAAAUGAUGUCUCGCAUGAUCAGUGCGCAGAUGCAGAUCAUUCAUUUCAAUAUGUUGACUGUUCUUCACCUGCCGCAUUUACUAUGCAAAGAGACGACCGACCAGCGUUUCGAGUACAGUCGGUACACGUGUUUCUAUGCGAGCCGCGAAGUGUUGAUCCGAUUUCUUGCCUUCAGAUCGCACAUCAAAGUUGUGUAUUGUUGUCGUCCGGUCGACUUUUGCGCCUUUACGGCCGCGAUGACACUGCUUCUGGCAUAUCUGAAUGGCAAUAGUGCGACCGCAGGGUUUGACUUUGCGCAGCAGCGAGCACAGGACUUGGACCUUAUCAGCAGGUCUUUGAGUACGCUCGACGAGCUGACGAGGUUGAAUGGCGAUGAGCUUUCCGAGAACACGGCAAAAUUGACGCGCAAGAUGCUGCAGCUUGAAGAUAGCAUGGGGAAGCUCGGAAAUGACGUUGUCUGCAACGUGGUCGACGGAGACAACGAGCGUGAUGGGAAUGAAGCAAACACACAAGAUUUUCUUUAUCUCAGUAUUCCAUACUUCGGAUGCAUCAAGCUCUCGACUGCACCUGCUCCAAAUUUGAGCGCAACCCCUCUUCAUUCAGGUACUACUACAAAGCUCCAUGACCAGCAAUUGCUUUCUAUAGAGUCGGUACGGUUUCCGAGUGAUGUGAGUGGAGAUCAUCCACUGGCUACCCACACAAUCUUCCACACGGCCACACAUACCCAAGAUUUACAAGCUACAUCCCAGAACUGGGACUGGCCAAUGCUGGACCGUUUAGCUGGAUCAGAGGAGUGGGCCUUUCAGGGUGUGGAUACAACACUCUUUGACAGCGUUAUGAGUGGAUGUGAUGAGAAUUUUGUGAACAAUUUCGAGUGGCAUGCUGGGUGGGGGCCUGUUUGA